CGUCAAGUAGUCUAGAGCUGUAUUUGCGAUGCGCAUGUGACACCGCAAUAUACGGGCGCUUCCCGAUCAUAAUCGCGUCCCUCGUACGCGUCCAGCUCGCCGGAGCCUGUUUCGCUGGCCUGCACGCUCCCUCACGAUCCCCGCCCUUUCCCUCCUCUACCUUAGCACCAUUCCGACUCCAGACACCCAUCCAGCGCUCGCCACCGUCUCGGCGCGAUCAUCAUGUCCUCCGGCAACGCAAACCCAUCCCGCCCUCGAAGCCGCAGCAUGACCGACCUUGCCAGUGCACCCGCGGGGAUGUCUGCGAGUCUUGCUCGUGCCACCGGCCUGUUUGACCACAUGCAGCGGAUCGCUGCCGAUGAGCAAAGACGGCAAGAGGCAUUCGCCAACAGUCUGCCCAAACUCACCCACAGGGACCUUGAGCAGCUCGGGCAAGCGGACUCGCCCUGCCCGAUCUGCCUCAAUCCCCUCCUGACCAUUCUUGACGAAGAAGAGACCGCCCUCGCGCUCGACUCUCCAGCACAUCCCAUCGAAGAACUGGGCGUCACCCGUUUAGUGGAGAGCUGCGGACACGUCUUUUGCCGAAAAGACAUACGCAAUUGGAUGCGCGAAGGACAAACAACCUGCCCGACCUGCCGUCGGCCCUUUCUCCACCUUUCCUCGCCCUCCCAUUCCCGGUCGCCCUCGCCCGCGCCCGACUCGACCGAACCCUUCGACGUCUCUGAUAGGCUCCGUCAACUGCGAAUGCCCUCUGCGUCCACGCUCCGCGACAUCUUCAGCGCGCUCGAGCGGAUCCCCCCGCCGACGGACGAGGCAGAGACGUGGGCGGAUACAUAUACGGGGAUGUUCGCGUGAAACCACAACGUGAUGGGAUCUGCUUUCCUACCUCUUCUAUUAUUAGUUGUCUCGAGUGUCGGUGGUUUGUCGAUAGGAUUAUCUGUACUGCUAGUUCUCCUCUUCUUGAUUGUACAUUAUCAUUCGCACUGUCAUGCAUGUACAUUGGUAUACUCAUAUAUAUCGCACCCCCACUCCGCAGACUCAAUAUAGUCGCGGUUCUCGCGGAUUGAUAACGCUCCUGGC